AUGUAUGGUAUAUUAUUUGAAAUUCUACGAAAUUAUGUUGAUGAGACAUUCGGUCCAUCAACAUGGGAGGCUGCUGUACAAAUAGUCAACGGACAACAACUGGAAAUACAAACUAAUCGGAACUAUUCUACACGAUUACUAACACGAAUAAUCAGUACAUUAUGUGAGUUUAUUGGUUUACCUGAAGAAGAUAUUUAUUACGAAUUCGGUAUUAAAUCUGUCGAUUAUCUGAGUAAUAAUGGUUUCCAGAGUUUAUUACAAGUACUGGGUAAAAAUUACAUUGACUUCGUACAUAAUAUUAAUGAAAUGCACGAGUAUUUACAUUAUUCUUAUCCAAAAAUUAAACCGCCUAAUAUACAAGUCACUUCAAUCAAUCACAAUGUCAUCACUUUGGUCUAUUCUUCCGUACGUGAAGAAUUUGCGCAUUAUCUGAGAAGUCAACUAAUAUAUAUUGCAAAAUUAUAUUUUCAAUUGGAUGUUAGUGUAAAAUUAGUUGAUAAAAGGAAGCAAGCAGCUUCACACAUAUACACAUUUAAGCUAUACAAUAAAGGUUUAUCAUGGAUUGAAUUAUUAGAGAAAGAUAAUCAACUCAAUAAGUAUAUAUCUCUAUUGGAUUUAACAGUCUCAUUACCAGAGAAGGAAUUUUUAGGCAUACUACCUUUUCAUUUGGUACUGACCAAGGAUAUGACAAUCAAACGUGUAGGUAAGGGAUUUUCAUGUUUAAGAAAUGAUAUAUCGGGAAAGGAGUUUGUAACAUGCUUUCUAAUUUCAAAGCCGAAAACAAAUCCAAAUUUCGAUGAGGUUGAAACAGUCAAUGACAGUUAUAUGUUGGUUUCUGGAGCACCACACAGGACCCCAUUACAUGCUGCACACAUAGUCGACACAGCAUUAGAAAUCAUAGAAGUAACUCUACUCAGUCUCUACUGGCCAGAGUCAAGUGGAAAUAUCCCAGCUAAUAAUAAGAAUAAAACUGUUUAUACAAAUGAAAACCUACAUCUUUACAUUGGAUGUCAUACUGGUCCAAUUGUUGCUGGUGUAGUCGGUUAUAAAACACCACGAUAUUGUUUAUUUGGUGAUACAGUGAAUACUUCAAGUAGAAUGAUGAGUCAUGGUUUACCAGACAAAGUGCAUAUUAGCGAAUCUUGUGCUCAGUCUUUAUCACCUUAUCCAUAUGAAACAGAAUGUCGAGGAGAAAUUCCAAUCAAGGGUAAAGGGAACAUGAAGACAUACUUCGUCACAGGUCGGAAACCAGAAUUCGUCUUACAAGACACGACUGAUGGAGGGAGUCGCAAUUUUGCUGAAGUUCUCAAGGAAGACAUGCUCAAAGACGAUGAUAUACCAUCGGAAAAUUCGGAUGACUCUGCGAAAUUCUCCAUCAAUUUGUCCGACGCAAGUGGGACUACCGAGGAAGAGUCUCCUCCUGCAUCUCCGAAGGAUGAUGUAGAACUAGAAAUGAGUGAGAAGAUAUCUGAGAAAAAAGACAGAAAAUCCAGUAGAGGUGGGAGUAGACGCUCAAGUAAAAGCGAUCAGAAACGCCGUCAAUCUCAGCCACUCUCUAAUACGACUUCACCAACGAACGAGAAUCCUGAUGUCGAGAACCAACAGAGCAGCUCAGGUUUUGUGAACAACCAAAACACAACCGAGGUCCUAAAUGAAGCUGCACGGCGUCUAGUCGAAACGAAAAUAAAAGAUGUAAAGAAUGAACAGAAGAAGAAACAGGAUAUUACAUUCAGUCUUGAUAAUCCCAAGGAAAUCUUAAAAGAGGCUCCCAGCGAAGCGGAUUUGCAAGCAGUGGACAACAAUGUUGACGAAGCGACUUUGUUCAAAUCGAAACCAAAGGCACCUGAACGUUCUAGAUUGAUUAAACUCAAUCCAGUAAACAAAGUCUCCAGCAAACCCAUCCAACCUACUCCUGAUAAAGUUGCUGUGAACAAUGUGAGUUCGGAUGCUACUGAGAAUGCACCAAAUGAUGAUAGCGAUGAAGUUACUCAAGAGAUUGGCAAUCAGGAAGACACCGUCCAACAAUACCGUGAAAUGGUGAAACAGGGCCGUUUUGAUCCGGUACCAGAUUUGCCAUUCUGUUCACCUCAGGCAGCUAUAUUCAAAGAUUUAGUUAUGCAAAUAUUCGUUGACCUAAAUUAUACGACAUACUGUUUCCUUGUUUUCACAUCCUAUUCAUCGAAAACAGAGAUAUUGUUUGCUGCACAAAUUUAUUAUGAAGUUCUGAAUAGCAAUUUAGUAAAUGCCCACACUCGUUAA